ACUUGUCAUUGAGCAUGGACUGAGGGUGCGCUGCUAUUUGAAGAUAGCACGACUAUCGUUUCAUCGACUUGCCAUUUAUUUUAAACACUGCUAUUUGCUUUAUAGCACUUGUUCCAUACAGAUUUCCCUCAUUACUCAGAAGAGCGAUAUAAAAACUGAGAUGGCGGAGGCUCAGGCCUUUGUGACCCUGGCCACCACAGAUGCCUAUAGCAUGGGAUGUUUAGUGGUAGGCAAAAGUUUGCGCAGGCAUGGAACAUCAAGGAAGUUAGUGGCUAUGGUUUCCCCCAAUGUUUCCAGAGCAUCAAGAUUGGCCCUGGAGGACGUGUUUGAUGAAGUUGUAGUGGUAGAUGUGUUGGACAGUAGAGACAAGACUCAUCUCACCUGGCUGCGACGUCCUGAACUGGGGGUCACCUUCACCAAACUCCACUGCUGGACCCUUACACAGUACAGCAAGUGUGUGUUCUUGGAUGCAGACACGCUUGUACUGUGUAAUGUUGAUGAGCUGUUUGAAUAUGAAGAAUUGUCUGCUGCUCCUGAUCCAGGCUGGCCGGAUUGCUUCAACUCUGGGGUAUUUGUGUUUAGGCCCUCCCUGAAUACCCAUACCCAAAUACUGGAACACACUGCACAGCACGGCAGCUUUGAUGGAGGAGACCAGGGCGUUUUAAACACUUUCUUCAGUGACUGGGCAGUAAAAGAUAUCAGAAAGCAUUUACCAUUUGUGUACAACCUCACAGCUGGUGCCAUUUACACGUAUCUACCAGCAUUUCAGCAGUAUGGCCACCAUGCAAAAAUUGUCCACUUCCUGGGUGGGACUAAGCCCUGGCACCUUUCAUAUGAUCCACAGGCUGCCAAUGAGUCAUCUUUAAGGGAUUCCAGCAAGAACUUUAUGAAUUUAUGGUGGGUGGAGUACUACAGUCAAAGACAGCUACAAUUUAAGAAGGAUGACAAGAAUAAAGACUAUUCAGCACAGCAGUUGGUUUCUCCACAGACACAUCAGACUCCAUCACAAAGCCAAACGAGCAGCACUGAAACCCACCACAAAGAGAUGAUGAUGCCCUCUCUACCUCUGACUUUGUACUCACUAACAAUCAGCUCUAGCUCAUCUGAAAAGUCAGAGGAAUCGAAUAUUCUCUUUGAUGUCCUGUCUGGUGGGGAGACUGAAGAGACCCCUACUGUAGUCAGCCCUCCAUCUGAGCACGAGAGUGAGCGCACAGAACCAGAGACUACUGAUGAUUCUGCCACAGCCACUGGAGAAGCUAAUAUUCUCUUUGAUGUCCUGUCUGGUGGGGAGACUGAAGAGACCCCUACUGUAGUCAGCCCU